AUGCAGGUCACAGAGUUCUGGACGUGUGCGGGUGGGAAGAGUCUGGCAGAGGGACGGGGUUUUAGGAGACUCACCCACCCUCAAUCUGUCCAACACUACACACACUUCACACACUCCUGCAGCACACACUCUCUCCGAAGGCCACGGACACACUCUAACACACAGCCUCCGCACUCUCUCUCUCUCUCUCUUCCUCUGAAAAUGCUCUGUUGGGAAUUGUGCUUGGCCUUGUUGUUCAGCAGCCUCCCAGCGUGGGCUCUUCCUUCAACCAACAUCAAAAUCACGCAAGCGCUGCCUCUGCAGCUGCCUGAUCCUAGCCAGCCAGCGGCCUGUCCGCUCUUCUGGACAGAGUUUGAGGGCCACUGCUACCGAUUCUUCCCCCUAAACCGCACGUGGGCUGAGGCUGAUCUGUACUGCGCUGAGUUCUCCAACGGCCACAGAUCAGCCAAACUCACUUCUAUCCACAGCUGGGAGGAGAAUGUGUUUGUUUAUGAUCUGGUGAACAGCCGUGUCCCGGGGAUACCGACAGAUAUUUGGAUCGGCCUGCAUGACAGGAGACAGGAGGGCACUCUGGAGUGGACAGAUGGGUCACCGUAUGAGUACAGCUACUGGGACGGAAACCAGCCAGAUGACGGCAUUCAUCGCAUCCCCGAGGAGGAGGACUGCGUGGAGAUCUGGUACCGACAGAACAGUGCGCUGAGGUCCUGGAAUGACAACAGUUGCGACAAGGCCUUCCCGUUUGUCUGCAAGAUCCCCACGCUGGAUAACUAGGCUCCUGCCGGCAGUUUGCUUGUUUUGUUUGCGUCUUUGCGUGACAUCCUGUCGCAUCCAAGUCACAGAAAACUGGUUCUUCUCUCAUCUCUGUCGCCGCGACCACUGGGAUCUCUCCAGUUACCCUUUCCCCUCCACUCUUCACACGCUGCCAAGGUCCCAUGUCCAUCUGGGCCUCGUUUAUACCAGUGACUCACGAUACACACACACACACCCUCCCUGCAAACUUGCUUUUGGAAAUACAGCUUCGUUUCUUUCUCCUGGAGCUGUUGGAUGAUUAUCCACACUGAUGUUGGUGUUGUUUUGCAUGUUGUGAGGGAUUAAAGCAGUCAGUUCUCAUUAAAAAGGCAGAGCGAGGCGCUCAGCUGGCCUCGCCACACUAGGGCAGUGCCACUGGACACCUAAGACGUGGACUAUGUGUGUUUUUUCAAGCUGGGGAUCUGAAGUCCCCACCCACAACCAGCUGGCUGCUCCAACACUGGCAACAUGAUUCGCUUGUAUUCAAAUAGAGCGUAACUGCUGUGGAACCCUUGCAUUUUUAUAAAACAACUGAAAUGUUUUCCGAGCUAUCCAUUGUUUUCUAAGUCAUCUGGGACAUUCCUGUCUUCAAUGGCCAAAAAAACAAAUAUGCACAAUUUUCCCCUUCAUGUAGAGAACCAGCCAAGACCUAUUUGGUGUCAGGUGUUUGCUUAUUUACACUGUUAGAAAUAAAGGUUCUGUGCAGGUACAUUUUUCAUUCAU